AUGACAACGCUCUUCUUCUCGAGAAGACGACGCAGCAGCAGCAGCAGCAGCAGCAGCGGCAGCGCAUUGGUCUCCUUUCUCCUCCUCUUUUGCUUCUGUUCGCUCUUCGCGUCCGCGAAAGACGACGACGACAAAAGGAAACCCGGGGUGAUUCCGUGGGCGAAAAUUGACACCGAGAAAAACGUGACAAUCUACGGCGCGUACGACGCCACGAAAACGAUCAAGUUUGAAUUUAAAAGCGACGAGGGGCACGACGUGUAUCGAGUUCGAGAUGUAGACGCGUUCAAGAGCUGCAGCUUGGAUGGCGCGGUGCCAAUGCCCGAGGUUCAAGUGGAUUUCGGUCGCCGUGGUAUUUUAUCGUACGUCUCGGUGACGCCGGCGGAAAACGCGACGCUGUACUUUGUGUGCUCCCAGCAUUGCGCGAGCGGGCAGAAAAUUUCAAUAGCGCACGAUCCGACGGUGUACGCGGACGGCGAUUUGGAUCGGGACGGAGACGUGGACGACGACGAUGCCGCUCUCGGUGCGGAGAAAGACGACGACGACAAAGACGACGACUUUGAUCGCGAAAUUGACGACGACGAGUGGGAAGAUAAGAAAGACUUUGAAACUGGAUGUCCGUACGACUGCGAAGCGGGAUGGGAGUCGAAUACGAUUAAUUCCGCGUGUCCGUGCGGCAACAUUAAUUGCACGGAAACAAGUAAAUCUGUGCAAUCGAUCAGAUCGAUUGGCGCGAUAACUCCUGGUUGCAUGUACGUCGUCAAGGCCUUCUGCGUGGCGGAGGAAGCGACGAAGACGGCGGCGAACGAGGAUCCUUCCCAAGUGUGCAAGAAAUUUUUAAGAAACAAGGGGAGAUCGGAAGAGGUGGUGAGAGGCCAAGAACACGUUUUCGAGGAUAAGGAUGAUGAUGAUGACGACGACAAUUACAAGUUACCCAGCCGAGGCAACAAUAAAGUUAAAGUUACUUUUAAACCGAACAGUUUAAGAGCGAACGAGACGAACGUAAAUGUCGGCGUCAACUCGGUCGACGAAGACGAAGUAAAAGAGUUGCAAAGACCGGAAAGAUUUAGAGGGAAGAACGCAACCGAAGGUGAAGUCGGUAAUCGAUCGGUUUUCAUCGGCACUAUUUUGACUUUAACACCACACGGGACAGUCUUUGACGAGUGCGUUGAAGUCGCCAUCCCGUUUGUGAGAAAUUUAACGGAUGUGAACAACGCGACGAUCGCAUGCAUGAAAGCGGCGGAUGAAAAUUCGCCGUUUGAAUUGAUCGAAUGCGUCGUAGAAAACACCAGCGGUACCGAAGGGAUCGCGACGGCGUGCGUUGACUCAUUUUCUAUCGCAACCGUGAUGGAAUCGGACAUUUCAACGACUUCGGACGACGAAGAUCCCACAGGCGGCGCUUUUGCGAAGUCGACAACCUUUGUCGCGAUCUUAGUUUCGGUCGUCCUCGCAUUGUUCUAG